GCAAUGUAUUGGAAGUAUAAUAGUGAUAUGUGUUUUAGGUUUCCAAUUCACAAUGACCAAAAAUUGGUUCCUAUUUAUUCAGCACAUGGUUUAUUGUACAUCUAUGAUUUUCCAAAUUUUCUGUUAUACAUGGUUUGGUGAAAAAUUCACCGGAAAGAGUCAAGAGAUCACUCAGGCUUGUUAUAUGUCAAGAUGGAACGAAUGCGAUAUAAAAAUUCAAAAAAUGCUCAUCAAUAUUAUGACACGGGCCAAAAAACCUUUGUAUUUGACUUCUUAUAUAUUCGACUUCACAUUGGGCACAUUUCUCAGGAUUUUAAAAUCAUCAUAUUCUUAUAUGGCAGUACUAAAUACCAUGUAUAAUGAAUAGUUUAUGGGUUGUGAAAGAGCUUACACAACAAAACGAGUUAAUUUAACGACCAGAAAAACGCCGACUAUCUAUUAGCUUAUUAGUUAUGGUUUGAUAAAUUAAACUUGAUGUACUGUGAUCACCAGCUUAGUAUUAAAA